AUGUCCCGCAAGCAGAAGGGAAAACAAAGAGAGCGCGAUGAAGACGACAUCAUUGUCGUCGAGUCAGAUCCGGAAAAUUCAUUAGAGAACUGUACUGAUGACAAGCAGCGCCGUUCGAGCACCAAUGAAUCGGAGGUGACGGAGCAUAGUGAGAAUUGGGAGCAAGAGAAUAAAGCUCAAACAGCGGAGAAGAAACCCAGGCUGAAAGAUAUGAAAGCGAUGUUACGACAAAUGAAGGUCGCUGUGCCGGAAUGGGCUUCAGACAUUGAGACUUGGAGCAGUGAUGACGACGAUACAAUUAUGAACAUUGCUAGGAAAGGUGCGAAGGCCGCUGGAAGCAAGAUCACUGCCACCGUGCGCAAGUCGGCCAUGAUCCCUGACGAUGAGUUCAAACGCGAGAGUACGGACAGAGAUGAAGUGCUCGACCAAGAAGCAAAGGCACCAAUUCCCUCCUAA